AUGGGAGGCAACCAGACAUGGCUCACGGAAGUCACCCUGCUGGGAUUCCAGGUUGAGCCAGGACUGGAGUUUUUCCUCUUUGGACUUUUCUCUCUGUUCUAUACCCUCACCCUGGUGUGGAAUGGAGUCAUCCUGGGCCUUGUCUGCUUAGAUCGUAGACUUCACACCCCCAUGUACUUCUUCCUCGCACACCUGGCCAUCAUAGACAUGUCCUAUGCUUCCAACAAUGUCCCCAAGAUGCUGGUAAACUUAGUGAGCCAGAAGAGGACCAUCUCCUUUGUCCCUUGCAUUAUGCAGACUUAUUUGUAUUUGGCUUUUGCUCACGCGGAGUGCCUGAUCUUGGUGGUGAUGUCCUAUGAUCGGUUCGUGGCCAUCUGCCAGCCCCUCCAUUACUCUGUCAUCAUGAACUGGAGGGUGUGCGUGGCCCUGGCCGCCUCUUCCUGGGUAUUCAGCUUCCUCUUGGCUCUGGUCCAUUUAGUGCUCAUCCUGAGACUGCCCUUCUGUGGGCCUCGUGAAAUCAACCACUUCUUCUGUGAGAUCCUGUCUGUCCUGGCGCUGGCCUGCGCGGACACCAGGCUCAACCAGGUCGUCAUCUUUGUUGCCUGUGUGUUUGUCUUAGUGGUGCCCCUCAGCGUGGUGCUGGUGUCCUGCAUACGCAUCGCCUUUGCCAUCCUGAGGAUCCAGUCUGGGGAGGGCUGCAGGAAGGCCUUCUCCACCUGCUCCUCCCACCUCUGCGUGGUCGGGCUCUUCUUUGGCAGUGCCAUCGUCAUGUACAUGGCUCCCAAAUCCCGCCACCCUGAGGAGCAGCAGAAGGUCCUGUUCCUGUUUUACAGUCUUUUCAACCCUAUGCUGAACCCACUGAUCUACAGCCUGAGGAACUCAGAGGUCAAGGGCGCCCUGGGGAGAGCUCUGUGCAAGGAGAGGCCAGCUUGA